AUGGCAGGACAAGGCAAAGGGGAACAGGCAACUCCCGCGGCUCCUACUCCGGCGACAGAAGAAAUUGCCGACACUGCCGCGACAGACUCGCAGCAGGAGGAAGAACAAAAGCGCCUCGAGUUAAUCCUCUCGAACAUGCGGCGCGUUUCUAACUUGUACAGCGAGGCGGAACUCUUGCGCGUCGUGGAGGAUUAUGUCGCUGACUGCAUGACUCACUUAGGCUACCAGGAGUACCGGCUGUACUCGAACCUUCGCCUCUUGAUCGCGUCGUUCGCGUGCUGCGUCGCCGCCUACGCGUCCUUCGGCGUCCCCUUCCCCACAGACGGCCCAUACCUCAAACUCUCGAUUGUUACCUUUUUCGUUUCCCUUCUCGUCCUCCUCUUCAUCGAGACGGUUUGCGUGAAAAACGCCAUCGCCUGCUUCAAAGACAAAGACGGAGAAGCCUUCUUCAUCGACAGCCACAUCGACCGGAACACGAAUGACCUCGUCCUUGCCAUUCGCCAGAAAAGCCUGUACCUCUCCACAGCCUCCAACGUCGGCCGUUUCUUCGACAGCAAGGGGUAUUUGUUGAUUGACACACUGUACGAGGAGCUGACGAACCUGCUGCAAGACUUCGAGAAUGGCCUCUCAGACGCCACCAAACUCGCAGCUGGCCGCAGGAAAAAGAAGAACGCAUGA